GAACAAUGAAUGAAAAGAAUUAUGACUAUGGAGAGGAAUCGUGUACUAGAGUACGACCCAAUUUAGUUGAUGAUGAUACCUUGAAGAGCUUGGGGUUUGAGUGCAAUUGGUUGCACAAUUUGCUUCUAAUAUCUUUCACCAUACCAAUGUGAGAAGCAUAUUCGUGAUGAUGAAUGAUAUUAAAGACUUGUUGACAAUGCAAUGGCUUGAUGUAUCCAUUAUACAAGUCUUUAUAAUGUAUCUUCACCGAUUGUGCAAUCAAAUUGGGAUUGACUCAGUUGGAUUUUUGUGUCCAACACAAAUAGCAAAGGCAACUCUUGAUUUGAAUUGUGAUGUUGUUACUGCAUAUAUUGGAAAUACUAUGGUCACAUUGCAGGACAAGACAUUCAUUUUAGCACCAUACCAUCAAUCGGCAUUCCGGUCAUAUAUGAAUCAACGGGGUCAAAGAGCAAAAAAACUUGCUCAAUGGAAGAAUGUUAAGUGCCCUCAACAACCGGGAGGUGUUGAGUGUGGAUACUAUGUUAUGAAAUAUAUGCAUGAUUUAUGCACAAAGUAUUCCACAUAUACUUUUUUGGAUAAGGUAUUUCAAGAUCGCACAACCCCAUACUCUAUUGAAGAAAUAGACGAGAUUCGUGAAAUGUGGGCUAAGUAUUUUUGUAAAGAAUGUGUAUAA